UUGUUUCAGAAAAUGCCAAGAUGGUGAAACUAGUUUUAUUACUCUUGACGGUUUGUGUUCCUUGUGUUCUUUUCCAGGGUGAAUCAUGUCCAGCUGAACCUAUCUCCAGUGGGAAAGAUGAAAGUUGUGGAUGCUCCAAGAGCAGAGAGCACAGCGGAGAUAAACCUGAGCCUCUCAAGGUUUCUGGAGAAAGGGUUCGAAAGAAUGGUUCUCCGGACCUUAGCAACAUGGUCUUGAUCAAAUCCAACACUUUUACAAUGGGAACAGAUCAGCCGGUUUUCCCUGCCGACGGAGAAAUGCCGGGUCGGACAGUUCGUCUGGAUUCUUACUACCUGGACAUUCUAGAAGUUUCCAAUAAUAAUUUCGCGGAUUUUGUUAAAGAUACGAAGUACGUCACUGAAGCUGAGACUUUUGGGAACUCAUUCGUCGCGGAUUUCUAUUUGAGUGAAGAGGUGAAGGCUGGGAUAAGUCAGGCGGUGGCUGGAGCUCCCUGGUGGUUACCGGUAGAUGGAGCUAACUGGAGACAUCCUGAGGGGGCAGGAUCCGAUAUCUCUACCAGAGGAAAUCAUCCUGUCAUCCAUGUAUCUUGGAAUGAUGCUGUGCAGUACUGCGCAUGGGCCGGUAAGCGUCUGCCUACAGAGGCUGAAUGGGAGAUGGGUUGCAAGAACGGAAAGAAAACCCGUCUCUUCCCUUGGGGAAACAAGUGGAGGCCAAAGGAUCAGUUUUACGCCAAUACCUGGACCGGCGAGUUUCCGGUCGAGGAUACCGGCGAGGACGGAUUUGCCGGAACCUCGCCGGUGGAGUCCUUUCCAGUGAUGGAGAACGGAUUAAAGAACAUGAUCGGGAAUGUGUGGGAGUGGACGUCAGACUGGUGGGAGACCCAGCACAGCGCAGAGGCUGCAGUCAACCCGACCGGUCCUCGAGCUGGGACUGAUAAAGUGAAGAAAGGAGGAAGUUUUAUGUGCCAUGAAAGUUAUUGUUACAGAUACCGUUGUGAUGCUAGAUCUCAGAAUACUCCGGACUCGAGUGCGCACAAUCUAGGGUUUAGAUGUGCAGCAGAUUUUGUUACUUCUUCACCUUAAAUCCAGUGUUAUGUUAAAAAAUAAUUUUUUUUAGAUAUUUAGUUUUUUACACAUUUUUUUACCAUUUUGAUUUAACUUUUUAGUAUUUUCAGUAAUAUACUGUGGUCAAACAAAACAAAUUGAAUUUAAACUCAAAUUAGGAUCACAUUUUUAUGAGCCUUCAACCUUAGUUAAUUCUUAUGCUACCUGUGAUAUUAAAUAGUUAAACUUGCAUAUAUUUUAUACUUGUAUACUGCAAUCAAUAUAAUUUAUGUUAUAUUCUAAAAUGAUAAAUCUAUAAUUUAAAGUUGAUCACCUCUUGAUUCACUAAUCCAACCUUGAUCAACUGUUAAAACAUUUGCUUUGAAAGCUUUUCCUACAAAUGCAACUUUCAAGCACUUAUUAUGGGUUACAUCUAUAUAUCAUUUUCCUCAUUUUGCCUUUAUUUAGAAGUACCCCCCAAAUCAUGAAGAAAUUUAGUCUACCACGAUACUGUUUGAUACAUGUUUAAACCUCUAUUUUAAUAUGAAAACAAAUAUAGAUGCUCGUGAUUUUAA